UGCCAUUCAUAUUGAUUUUAUCUUUGUUACGGCCCUGAACCGAAUCAUCUGGCAAUCAGUGCUGAAACUGAAAGGAAUAAAUACCGGCACCGUGAUAAUUCCAUUAAGAAAUGAAGCCUCCGUCCGGGCUUGAAGUGCUCGCGAUGGAAUAAACGGGCGCGUGUAAUUUAUCGUUCCUGUCUCAUAACACUUUAUACCGUCUAAGCAUGUCAGAAAAAGAGAUGAAAUCUAGCUGGGCGGAUGAAGUUGAAUUGGACAGUGAACCCGCUUUGCCACCUCCCAGUGUGGUACAUGAGAAUGGUUUCAAAAUAGUUACAGAAUACAAGAUAAACGAGGAUAAUCAAAAAGUUAAAAUCGUGAGAACCUACAAGAUUGAGAGAAGGCUCAUGUCAAAGACAGUAGCAGCCAGGAAAAUGUGGAAGAAGUUUGGAGAUUCCACUAAUGACGGACCUGGACCUAAUCCAGCUUCUACAACUGUUGGCGAAGAGGUUUUUAUGCAAUUCCUUUCUAAUAAAGAAGAAGACAACAAGCCAGAAGAAGACGCAUUUGACAAAUUGAAAGCAUUAGGAGAUAAAAAUAUCAAGUGUCGCACAUGUAAUGGUGAUCAUUGGACAUCAAAAUGUCCUUAUAAAGAUACCAUAUUGGAGGGUGGCAAAAUUUUAGAUGAUAAAAAAACACCAGCAGGUGUUGGAGGUGAUCCUAGCAAACCUGGAGUGUCCAAAUAUAUUCCACCUGGAAUGAGACAAAAGCCUGUCAUGCAGAAAAAGGAAGAGCAGACGACUCUUAGAAUUGGCAAUCUAAGCAGCAAUACAACUGACGAAGACUUGGAAGAUUUGGUUAAACCAUUUGGUCCCAUUUCAAAGAUAUACUUAGCUAAAGAUAAACAAAACGAUUGUAAAGGUUAUGCUUAUGUUCAUUAUAAGUUUAGAUCAGAUGCUGCAGAAGCAAUUGCGAGACUUAAUGGGCACGGUUAUGAUCAUUUGAUUUUAGCAGUCGACUGGUCCAGGCCACAUACUUCAAACCAAUAAGUUUUGGAUUUUUUUAUUUAUUUUUUAUUAUCUUUUUAUUUAGCUAUAAUGAUUCCAAUUAUACAGUAAUAUUUAAUAUUAUAUUUCUCUCUAAAUAUACUUCACUUCAUUAAAUUGAA